AGUCUUGAUUUGCUACAUGGCUGGAAUCACAUAAUAACCUAAAUUCUUGGUAGAACAAAUACAACAGGUUAUAUGAAGGUGCUCAUGUCAAUGGAGCUAUGAUCUGAAGGAUGACAUAUAACAGGGAUAGAAGGUGUAGGUGUCUCCAAGCUGAUACCUGCACCUUCUAGGGAAUCUGUGCCCAUCUUGCUUUCACUGUGUCAGAGGAUGUUUAGAGAAGGUCUAACAUCUAACCAGAGCCAUAUUUUGAACCUGGCACCCACUGUCAGCAAGUAUGCCAUGCCCUCAGCAAGGGUGUCCUCAUUUUCUUUUUUCUUUAUUCACUUUCUUUGGCUUUUUUCCUCCCUAACUUCUGGGCAAUCUCAUCUUUGACUGAAGUUCUUAAACAUCCCAUUACAAAAAGGGCCCAACUUCAACAACUUAACCAGUACUGUCCUUGGGAGGUUUCGUAUAAUAAAACUAUAUAAAGUUAUCACUUCCAAUGAGCAUAUAGAUUAUUAGAUUAAAACUCUAAAUCUUCUAGCUUUUAAUAACAGCUCAUAUCACAGAGACAUGGUAGACUGCCUUCCAGCCCCCUUUCCUGUAGGAAGGGGACAGUUUUCAGGUGGAAGCCACACUUACAGUAAACAGGCCAAUGAACAAGUCUCCCAGGACCCCUGCCUUUGGGAGAAAUACUUGGCCAUCAUACUGUUAAGUCCACAGCAACUCAAAAGAUUCUAAACAAACAAUGGAAGCCAGAAUAGAAUCCUGUGUUCAUAGUUCUCACAGUUCACUAAGCAUCCUCACAGGUCUAACAGAACACUGUCUGCCAGGUCCUGAGGUGAGCAGAGAUAUGUUAGAUUCAGAGGCCCAACUGAACAUCUCAUGGAGAAGUCACCAGCAAAGUAACUGUCAGGGUUUUAGGGACAGUUCUAGGAACCAGGGAAACAAGCACUCUUCUAUAUUUGGAAAAGGCACAAAGUUAUAGAAAUGGAGAAGUACUACUCAACUCUGUCCUUCAACUGGAAAGAAGAGAACUUGCUAAGAAAGAAACUGAGUUUUCUGGAGUCCAUGAAGAAACAUGAAGCCAAUGCCUGGCUAAUGGAGCAGAAAACCUUUUAUAAGCGAUGUUACUCAAAGCUCCAAAGGUCAGAAUUGGCACAUGCCCGACUGCUGGGCAACAAGGAGCUGGUCAAACAGCUCACCUCCAAAAGCAUGUUUUCCAACUACUGCACCAUCCUGGAAGAUGAAAGUGAGGCAGCAGUGAAGGCGAUAAUCAAGAACAGGAGAAGGAGUGAGAACAACAUGAUCUUUCAAUCUUGUCUGGACAAAGAGAGACACUGCCCAGCUCGCAGGAAUGGUCUAAUUAAGAAGGCAGAGGCCCAGGAAGUUCCCAGGGUGACCCUAAAGGCAGACUCCAAAGAAGAGGACCCAAAAGCAACUAUGAAAAGAACAUUUCCUGUCAGACAGGCGAGCAAGUCAGCAGCUCUGGUUUUAUCUUUAGAGUCUCUAAAGAGUCCAGAACAAGGAGCACAACAGAGAAAGCUUCCUAUGGAAAAGAGUCUACUACUACAGGGGGAAGAAGGGAUCCUGAGCAAUUUCAGCAGGCACUCAAACAUUGUGCUUAGUGACCUUAGAGAUCCAGUCACUGACAGGGAAUCAAAAGAUUCCCUUUCCAAGAGCCCCUCCAAGAAAGGAAGUGAGGGAGCACUGAAUGCUCCAGGAAUCAGAAGUUGUGCUGCAGGAAGAAGACAGAAAAUAGUUCUUGAAGAGUCUGGAAGUAAUUCUAUCACCACAAAGAAUGGACACUUGUUUUCCUAAGGUAUCCCUCCCCUGUGCACCGACUUAUCAUUUAUUUAGCAACUGUUUCUUAAUACUUACCAAUGAAAACUCUUACCCCCAAUCUCAAGAUUGUCCCUGAACUUGGGGAGAAAACUGCUUUUCUCCUCUUCUAUAAAAUCACAGCAAUCAAGGCAGGACUUAAACAGUUAAGACAGUGGACCCAGGUUGAGGCCGGCCCCGUAGCCUUUCAAAUGGACACGUGGAGACAAGUGGCAAAAAUGGACAGCAAAGGGCAGUCUGGGUUGGGACCCUGCAGGGCACAUCUUGAAAAGGCUUCAUCUUCAUACCACACAACAGUUUUCAAGGAGAAAUAUCUAAGAGGAACAUGACUCUGGGAAGCUUUUUGGCAGUAUUGCUUACUGUAAAAAAAGAGAGUAAAAGAUAAUAAUUUGGGAAUGUUAGCAAAUUUUGUUUCUUCAAUGGGCUGGGAGGAAACAGAGAUGGGAGUUUGGCUCUAAUUUCUCAGUGUUUCAUAAUAAAAACAAUCUAACAAAUCAAA